CGACAUACGACAGAACGUACCAGUUAGCUCGUUAGAGUUGGAACUGACGACCUGCGAGUUACACCAGCGGAUUCUGACUCUUCAUUUUUUUUUAACUUUACGUGGACCGAUGGAUCUUUUUCCACAUUUGUUGCCUCGCAGCUGACAAACUUGAUUCCACGGAAUAACACCGGCGUUAAGUGCUCAACAUCAGCUUGUCAAAAAAAAAAAAAAUACAGAUUAAGUGAGCUAACUUUAGCCCAUCCGGCUAAAGAGAACAUUUUGAGUUGGGAGGAAGGACGGGAGGAAACUGAUAAAGAGGCAAACAGAAGAAGAAACUUAUGGCGUCGGAUGUAAUUGAGAGCGACGCGGUGCUGAAGGGUGUUACUGAAAUGACUUUAAACAAUGGCAGCCCCGGGAGGACUCAUGAGGAGUUUGGAAACAGAAAGACGUCCAGUCCUUCGUCUUCUGGGGUGUCUGGAGAAGGAGACGACGACGACAACGAGGAGGAGGAAUUUGGCGAGCUGCAAAAAAGCACAGCCUCUACUGUUGAAAAUGGCGAAGAGGCACUCCAGGAGAGUCCAAUAAAAACAAGACAUGCGCCACAGGAAAGGAGAAGUCCAGACAAUGAGCAGAGACAGCCUGAAGCUAGAAGCUCGACACCAGGGAGCCUCUCCCAAACACCAACUACACCCACUGCAAGUCUGGAGCGCCGAGAGUCAGUGGCCACAAGAGAGGCCCGCCUUCGUAUGGAAGGAGUUGUGCUUAAGGAAGAGUGGCAGGAUGAGGAUUUUCCACGGCCCCUCCCGGAGGAAGAGGAGCUCGAUGAGGAACUUUUCGCAGGAACCUCUGAAGAAAUAGACCCUGGCUAUGAAAUGAACCAUGGCAAGAGGGCAAAGAAGAAGCUUUCAGCUCCAGACAUCAGUCUCACUCUCGACCGCAGUGAGAGUUCUCUUCUCUCUGAUGACCUGGAUGAAAGUACAGAGCUGGACCUCGACGGCAUAGACACACCUUCAGACAACAGCAACGAGUUUGAAUGGGAAGAUGAUCUCCCCAAGCCAAAAACCACAGAGCUGCUGCAGAAGGGUAUGGAGUCGGUGCAGGAGUACUCGGCCGCGGACGAGAGGGAGGAGGGUCGGCGCUGGAGGGUGUUUCGUUUCGGAGACCAGGAACACAGAGUGGACAUGAAGGCCAUCGAACCUUACAAGAGGGUCAUCAGCCACGGAGGUUACUAUGGAGACGGUUUGAAUGCCAUAAUUGUUUUUGCUGUGUGCUUUAUGCCUGAGAGCAGUCAACCUAAUUACAGAUACAUCAUGGACAAUCUAUUCAAAUAUGUGAUCGGAACACUGGAGCUUUUGGUUGCUGAGAACUAUAUGAUUGUGUAUUUGAACGGGGCGACAUCUCGGAAAAAGAUGCCAACAGUCAGCUGGCUCAGAAAAUGUUAUCAGCAGAUUGAUAGGAGGUUAAGGAAAAACUUGAAGUCUUUGAUAAUUGUUCAUCCCUCUUGGUUUAUUCGCACCCUGCUGGCACUUACAAAACCAUUCAUAAGCUCCAAAUUUAGUCAGAAAAUUAAGUUUGUGUACAGCUUGAAAGACCUUGCUGAACUGGUUCCAAUGGAAUACGUGUCCAUACCAGAUUGUAUUAAACAGUUUGACGAAGAAAAAAAUAGGAAAACCUCUAAAAGGUAUAUGCACUUUCACCCAGGAUCAGCCUUAGCUUCUUUUUUUGUUUCUUUUGCAUUCACAAAACUAACAAGGAAAUGUUCUGUUGGCUCUCAGGAAUGCACCAAUACACCUCAAACUGUACCGUGUUUCAUGGUAGACAAAUGAUUCACUGUUACCUGCUAGCCUCUUUCCUCCUAGUAGAGUUAGCAUGUUACUGGACAGAAGGCUGAGUAGCUGUUUGAUUGGUUUCCAAAAGUAGACGGCUUGGUGAUUGUUUAACCAACCAAUUUCUGAGCCAAAUUCUGUGAAGUUCAUCUCAAAUACAAUUCACUUCAGUUUGUUAAUGUACUGCUUUAAAUAUAACAGCUUUCCAUAUGUGGUGUUAAACAUUUCCUGCACCUUUUUGUAGCCUUUUAGCUGGCUGCUAAAUAAACAACACAAUGUUGAAAUAGAUGCUCUCUGAUAUUAAAGUUGGGGUUUAAGUAAGACUUAACUUGCAUGUGUCUUUUUGUAACCAGGUUUAGAUUUUGAUGUGGUUGAUGUUGGGUAAGUUUGUUCAUGUUUGUCCGACUCCACAGGAUGGAAAUACAAGGAAGUAGUUUGUCUUAGUCACUGUGGUGUGUGGUUGCACAGUAACCAUGUCCUCACAUGGUUUCCUUCAGUAACUCACUGAACACUCGCCUCGUCUACACUCACAGCUCUCUGCAUGACUCACUACAUACCCACUCGCUGCUGCUGCUGCUGCUGAUGUUUAGUAAUUGCCACACUCAACUGUUGUCAGCCUUGCACAUGCAAAUAUUUUGCUCAUUACUGAUACAUCAUGGGUGUUCAGUUACUGGGAUUAAGGUAUAUUGUUGGGUUGCUCAACAUAAGAAAAGUACCCAGCAUAAAGUUUUUAAGGAUUUCUGGUAUUCAGAAACAACUAGCUGACUACUCUAAAGUGAUUGUACAUAUAUUAGUACAGAUUGUAGGGGUUGGUAUGGGCAAAAUGUUUUUCAUGCUUCAGUAAAUGAGGAAAUAAGAUGGUGAUUAUUAUGGUGAAAAUAGGUUCCUAAUUAAAGCACAAAUAAUCACAUUAAUGAUAGUAUUAAGAUAAUGAUCAAAUUUAACGUGUAUGAUUUUAUAGUAGCCAUAAAGUAGCCUGUUAUUACCUUGAUUAUUCGUGAUUAUAGCCCUCACGUCCCUGUAACACAGUCGUCUGAUGAUACUGAAUUUGUCUGCAGAAUCGAUAAGGACAUGCCUGGCAAAGCGGAGGUAGCUGCGCCUGCUGUUUCAGAGUGACCCUGCUCGCACUGCAAGAUGUGGAGGAGGAGAGCGAUGAAGAAUGUUUUUGAACCGCUGCCACUCUUCUGUUUCUGUUACGGGCAAAGUGACUGGAGACUUAGCUCUUUGCAUCAAGAAAGUGCCUUUCUAAAAUGUUGCUGCCAGUUUCAUUGUGGAACUUUUCCUGCCUGAUUCUCAGCGUUUUCCCACAAUCUGUCUGAAAUGUUUUCAAUCUUUUUUUUAUCUACUGCCGGCAUAUCAUAAUGAACGUAGCUUAUGGGUGUUCUCCAGUUACUGUUGUAUCUAAGCAUUAUUUAAGGCACUCUGUUACAGACGAUUGAUGCAUGUUCUGCUUUAUUACAUUUCAAUAUAUAUUUAUAUUCAAAGGUGACAAAGGAGAGAAAUUAAUAUAUUUUUAUGGUUGCUCUGAUUUUAACUGCAUUGUAGGUCUCAGCCCCUUUGAGGGGCAUUUCAUAGAACACAAUUUUUGAUGGCACCUUUUUUUUUUUUUUUUUUUUCACUGUUCACUGUUAAAAUCCUGCCUUGGGUAAAUAAAGUUUUAUUUUUGGCCCCUCA